GAUGUUGUCAGAUUGUGCCUGGUCUCCGUAAAAUUCUUCAUGCAUCCAGUUCUCAGUUAUCCUUGUAAGACACAUGAUACAUACGUAUAUAGUGUAUGCCAUCUCCAUCAUCUCGUUUAGUAUUACAAGGCCUCUCUAUAUCCAAAAUCCAGAAAUUCAUUCCUAAAAGGUGGAAACAAUGUGUCAAACCUGUAGAUAUUCAAUCCAAUCAACCAUCUGCAUCAUACAAUAACCAAAAGCAAGAGUUGAAAACGUUGACAACUGAUGAUGAAUCUAUGUUAGAAAACCUUCUUACAUCUCUCAAGGAAUUUGUUACCCAAGGACAUCUACUGAAAGCAUUCAAAUCCUUUUCUCUAAUCCAGCAGCAUGUCUCUCCCACUGCUUCUUAUGAUGUUAUCUUACAUCCCAUAUCUUCUCUUCUUCUAUCCUGUACCAACCUUAAAAGGCUUCCACCAGGUAAACAACUUCAUGCCCAAAUAAUCUCUUUGGGUUUGGAACAGCACCCUGUUCUGGUUCCCAAGCUUGUCACAUUUUACUCAACAUUUAAUCUUCUGGACGAUGCUCAAGUUGUUACUGAGAAUUGUAAUUUUUUGCACCCAUUACCAUGGAAUUUGCUUAUAUCUUCCUUUGUUAAGAAUGACCUUUUUGAGGAGGCUCUCUCCGCCUAUUGUAAAAUGGUGAAUAAGGGGAUCAGGCCAGAUAAUUUUACCUACCCAUCUGUUCUUAAGGCUUGCGGUGAGAAAUUGGAUGUAGAUUUUGGGAGGACGGUUCAUCACUCGAUUAGUGGUAGUCGUCAUGACUGGAAUCUGUAUGUGCAUAACGCUUUGAUUACCAUGUAUGGGAAAUUUGGACAAGUGGAUGUUGCGCGUGACUUAUUUAACAAAAUGCCAGAGAGGGAUGAUAUCUCUUGGAAUGCAAUGAUCAAUUGUUAUGCCUCCAAGGGCAUGUGGGGAGAGGCAUUUAAGCUCUUUGAUUGCAUGCGUGCUGAAGAUAUUGAGCUGAAUUUUAUAACUUGGAACACUAUAACUGGAGGGUGCUUGCGAACAGGGAAUUUUAAGGGGUCAUUGGAGUUGCUUUCUCAGAUGAGAAGUAGCGGCAUUCAUUUGGAUCCAGUGGCCAUGAUCAUUGGGUUGGGAGCCUGUUCACAUAUUGGGGCCUUAAAGUUGGGGAAAGAGAUUCAUGGUUCUGCAAUUCGGAGUUGUUGUGAUACAUUUGGGAAUGUUGGAAACGCAAUGAUUACAAUGUAUUCCAGAUGCAAAGACCUAAGGCAUGCCUCUAUUGUGUUUCAGUCCAUAGAAGAAAAGAGUAUAAUUACUUGGAACUCAAUGCUUUCUGGUUAUACCCACUUGGAUCAAUCUGAAGAAGCAUCCUUCCUAUUUCGGGAGAUGUUGCUUUCUGGGUUUGAACCGAACUAUGUUACAAUUGCCAGCAUCCUGCCUCUUUGUGCUAGAGUGGCGAAUCUGCAACAUGGCAAAGAAUUCCACUGUUACAUAACCCGGCGCAAAGUUUUUGAGGACUGUUUAUUACUGUGGAAUGCUCUUAUAGAUAUGUAUGCAAGGUCAGGAAAAGUUCUUGCAGCAAAACGUGUGUUUGAUUUGAUGAGAAAGAGGGAUGAAGUGACCUAUACUUCUUUGAUUGCUGGAUAUGGGAUGCAGGGAGAGGGACAAGCAGCUAUAAAGCUAUUUAAAGAGAUGAUUAACCUACAGAUCAAACCAGAUCAUGUAACGAUGGUGGCUGUUCUAUCAGCUUGCAGUCAUUGUGGUCUAGUAAUUGAAGGCCAAAUUUGGUUUGAAAAGAUGCAAAGUUUCUAUGGUAUAAUUCCCCGUUUGGAGCACUUCUCUUGCAUGGUUGACCUUUACGGGAGGGCUGGUUUGUUGAAUAAAGCAAAGGAAAUCAUCACAAGGAUGCCAUACAAGCCAAGCGCUUCCAUGUGGGCCACUCUCUUGGGAGCCUGUAGGAUCCAUGGAAAUACAGAUAUAGGGGAAUGGGCAGCUGAGAAAUUGUUGCAACUUAGACCUCAAAAUUCAGGUUACUAUGUAUUGAUCGCUAACAUGUAUGCUGCAGCUGGUUGUUGGAGCAAGCUAGCAAAAGUCAGGAGUUUCAUGAGGGAUUUAGGUGUAAAGAAGUCUCCUGGCUGUGCUUGGGUUGAUGUGGGAUCUGUAUUUUCUCCAUUUGUUGUGGGGAACACAUCCAAUCCUUAUGCACAGGAGAUUUACCAAGUAUUGGAUGGAAUGACUGAACUAAUGAAGGAUGCCGGUUAUGUUGGUUGGGACAAGUUUGGUUUGGAUGGUGAAGUUCUUGAAGAAAUUGAAUGAAAAUAGGUAUUUCUACUGGAGCACGAAUCCUUGUGGUUCACUAAUAUUGUGUUGUAGGGUCCCCGAGAAGAGCAGUGAAAACAUAAAGAGGCACUCUAGCAGAAAGGGGCUGUAAGUGAAACAUUUUUCUAAAGGGGAUUCCAUGUUGAAUAGAGAAAACAUAACAUAACAACUGGUCCUCAAAACUUUGUGAACUUGGAGCAUGAUGGAACUGUUUUAUCAAAUUUCCAUCUGUUCCCAUUUUUGAUCACUCAUAUUUGGUGCGGAUACAAGCUGAUUCUUCUUAGUCUUUGACAAUUUUUGGCAAUCCAAGGUCUGUGUAAGCUAGUACCAUUCUUCAACAGUUAUAAGUUAACAGCGUUGAAUGACAUUUGCUUGCAAUGUAGUGAAUUUUUUGAAACAUAAUUAAAUAUGGACAUUUAUUUUUCUCACUCAC